GGUCGCGGCCCAAGGCCUCAGCAUCCAGCUCUUUCAUACCAACCAUGAUUUUGGCUUUCGGAUUUUGAAUCUCACACAAUCAUAUUGUGUUUAUUCUAAGAUAGCCUCAAUCAUCGUAAAACAGGCUUCAAAGUGCAAUCCCAAGCAUCAGUGAACUUUUCUCGCAAUCGCCUGGAAGCUCAUACCAAAACAACUCGGAAUCCUUGGAUAUGUUCCUUCCAAAAUGAUACUGACUUGCGAGCACAAGGGCCUAAGCCUUAUCUAGGAUGUCUGACUAACGAGCAACUGUCUCUAUCUCCUCAGCUGCAAUCUACAAUCUGGACCACCAAAUCUUUGCCCUAACCGAGAGCUCACGACAAUAGUAAUCCAAGUCUAAACCUCUAUGUACUAGUAUGGAGCAUAAGGCUUGAAUCACACACUUAUGACGCCCAGAACUCUCUCUUUAUCCCAAAAAAGUCGACCGUAAUUUGCGAAACUUGAACAUCAACACAUCCUAAUCUGUAACUAUCCAUGCUCUAUUUUGUUCAAGGUCAUGCGUUGAUUUUUGACAUACAAGGUGUUCCAUCAUUGGCCAAAGCCAUUCACCAUUAUCCCCAAGAACAUACCUUUUCCUUUCCAACUUGCACUUCUCAAUAAGAAAUCUUUACUAUUAACACUUACUUGCACAUUGCACUCUCUCCAAUCCAUACAAUUAACUUACCCACUGAACUUAACCAAGAGGGGGAAAAAAAGGGAAAACAAAGAUCGGAGCCUUUCUCCCUUUAGUUUAACCACAAAUGAAAGACCAAAACUGGAUUGGAUAAAAAAGGACCUACCAAUGACUUCUUCAUUUACUGAUCAAUAUUUCCUCCCCAAAACACAGAAACCCAAGAAAGAAAUAAUAGAAAGAAGAGUGAACAUUGAACAAGAACAGCCAACCCCCUACCAAUCACUAAUAGAACUAUUUAUCCAGCUAAUGUAAAAUCUAUCACUCCCCGAUAUAUUCCUUAUCUUGCACUCAUAACUUACGGAUGCAUAAUCUGCCGGUCCACUGAGCUGUGAUGAUGCACCAGGUACCACCUCCCGUUGUGGAACUCAAACACAUUCGUCACAUGGAACGGCCCGGUCUCCAUCUCAACAUAGGUGUUCAUUGUGACCCAGGCCAUGUCGGUCAGGACCCGAACCCGCACGUCUCGUACCUGAAAGUCGACUCCUUGCUCCCAGUUGAAUGCAAGCUGCCAGCUCUGUAUCACAGCAUUGUACCUAAUGUGAUGACACAACAAGUAGUCUUCCCAGUUUUAGCUAUAGUAGUUCAAUCAAACAGGAAUGGAUGCAGAAAGCUGAUGAGGUAAGUUGGAUUUCAAAACAUGCCAAGAAGGCGAUGGAUCACUUUUUUGGUCAACACGCACAAAGAGAUGGAAAAUAGAACUAUAGGAGCCAAUAAGACACGCUGGUUAAG